UAUUUCUGAUCUUUUUUUCUUUUUUUCUUUUCUUGUUCAUCUGACCAUUUUCUAACAUGAUCUUGAUCGAUCUUUUUAUUGGGCUGCAGUUGCUCAAGAGCAUUGAGGCUUGCGGAGGAUUUUCCCAAACAUGCCACAACAUUUUCACGAUUUAUGAUAAUCUCUGGGCCAUCUGCGACCCGAGCCCUUUGGCGAGCUCUUUCUCGCUGGAUCUUCACAUCUCCAACAACAAUGGGACGCUAGAAACUCCAGGCUCGGGAUUCUACCAGACUUGCUACGGCUUGGAAGUCAUAGACAUGGCCACCGAGAGCGAGAGCCAGAGCUCCAAGGGCAUCGCAGCGUCUUGCAAGGAUUUCCAUGGCGGCUACCAGUGGACGAGCCUCAGCCUGGACGAGCGCGUAGAGAACAAGGGUGGCAACUUAAACUGGUGUGGCUGACAAAAAAACUCUAUAACCAACUUUCCUUUAAAGUUUUAAA